AUGGAUCAAUUCAUUCAACAAGAUCCGUUCAAAAACAAUGGAUCAAUUGUUCUGACCUCUCCGUCGGAUCCUCCACAAUGGGAGAGAUACCAACAGCUAGUGAAAGAAUGGGAGCAAGCCACGACAAAAGCCAACAUUGCCAUCUGUUCUGGUGGAUGCCUGGAGAAGGCACAGCCCAUUGAGAAGCCACCUAUGUUUGCUUUUUGUUUGAAGCCACGAGGUUUGGAGGUGCCCAUGAAAGGUUCAAAACAGAGGCCACUGAGGAAAUUUCCACUAUCUGGUCACAGCCAUGCUGUCCAGUGGGAUCAGGAUGGUCUUUAUGCUUUCGGAAGAAGAUCAAAUGGGUUUGCUUUUGGAGACGAGAAAGCUAUAUUUCCGGGCAAUAGCCAUGAAUCUUCAGAGGCUACCCUGUUGCUUCAGGCAUCAACCAGAGCGUUCUCACCAAGGGAUUUUGGUGGCCCCGGAUGUUUCACCUCAAGUACUGAUGGAUUUGAGUAUAAUCAUAACCCAAAACUUUACAGGAACAAGUCAGAGAAGAUUGGGACUUUUCUCUCCUCUAGUAAUCAACAGAUGCUGGCUUCUUCUAACCAAAGAACAAUUGGCAGGAGAAGUGGAGUGCAAGGGUGGAAUAUGGCUUUACCCGAGUGGCCAAGUCAGAAGCAUUAUCUGUCAGAAGCAUCUCAGAGACACGGCAUGGAACAGUUAGAGGGUCCUGAUCUUGACGAGUUCAGGUUGCGUGAUGCAUCAGGUGCAGCUCGGCAUGCACGUAACAUAGCAAAGCUCAAGAGAGAGAGUGCUCAGAAAGCACUUUACAGAGCAGAUCUAGCAAUCCACAAGGCUGUUGUUGCUCUCAUGACUGCUGAGGCAAUCAAAGCUGCAUUUGAGGACUCAAAUGGCGAUGGGUUGAGUGGCCGCAGGCAAUAUCAGACGAUGAGGGAAUCGNAUUUGUGA